UCAAAGAUGCACUGGACACCAGAGCAUGCUCAGCCCCUGAAUCAGUGGCCGGAGCAGCACCUUGAUGUCUCCUCCACCACCUCCUCACCCGCUCACAAAUCUGACCUCUACCACAGUAGCCGGCAGCGCUUCAACUAUGCCUGGGCCAAUGACGACAUCUCUGCCCUGACUGCUUCCAACUUGCUGAAGAGGUAUGCAGAGAAGUACUCCGGAGUGUUGGACUCCCCUUAUGACAGGCCAUCAGCACUCAACACCUACAGUGAUGGCGCCUUUGGGCCCCUCAAUGGUCAGAAGGGAGAAAUGGAGCCUUGGCCUAUGGCACACAGCUCAGAAGGGGCCUACCCUCUGACCCCAAUGCACGAUGGAUUGUCCAGCUCCAAGGGGAUUGUCCCUCCUGCUGUCACCCCGGGCAACAGUCUUGGUACCUCCCCUGUGGUCUCCAGUAACCUGUCUGACUCAAUUUAUCCUAGUAAUACUUGUGGGGGACCCACCGGUUCUGGCAGUCUUGGGGCAUCUCAGGACUAUCCUUCAGGCUACAGUGGAGCCUAUCUGCCAUCAGGCUACUGCAGCCAGCCAGCCUCAGCGCUCCCACCGCCACACCCGUCUACCUUGCAUAGCUCAGGCCUCCUACAGCCCAGCCAUCCUUCCACCCCACUUGUCCCCGGCUACAGCUCCUCAGGACCCAUGUACAACUAUGCCUCAGGCAGCUACCCACCUCAGCCUGGCUAUGGCCCCAUCCACCCUCCCCACCCAUCAGCCUCAUACUUACCCUCAGGCAUUGCUGCCCCCACACCCAUUCCCCCUUCCUCUCGCCCCCCUGUGGUCCCUGGAUAUAGCUACCAGAGCCCACUCACAGUGCCACCUCUCAGCGGUGAGUCAGGGAGCUCUCUGAAAAGGAAGGCCUUCGAUAUCACGGGUGGUGAGGAUGAUAGUGAAGGCAGGUAUCGCAAAUACAGCUAUGAGCAACCAAAGUCCCCAUAUCAGAUGUCCGACAGUGGUGAAUGUAGAGGGAAUGGGUUCAACCGAAGCUCUGAGGUGCCUUUCAAAGGUGGGAAAAGGCCAGCUGGAGUGGCAGCGACAACAGUGGCUUCAGAGGAGCCCAUUGGGAAAUACAACAGCCAGCCCAUGAAAGGAAUGGUCUCUCCAGCUUACAACGUUGGUGAAGCCCCACUGAGGCCUAGUGAGAGCUUUGAGAAAUUUACUCCUCCAGCUGCAAAUGGUGAGCGUGAGGGAGACUCCUUUGCUCUCAGGAUGCAGCCCAAACCACCAACGUUUGGUAGUGAUAGCAGCAGCCAGACAGUGGAAGAGCAGCUAAAAGCCAUGGACCCUUACGUUCUGGAACUGGUGAACAACAAGAUUAUUGACUGUGGCCCUCCAGUCCAGUGGACUGACAUUGCUGGGCAUGCCUCUGUCAAAGCUGCCAUAGAGGAAGAGCUGGUGUGGCCCAUCCUGAGGCCAGGGGCUUACACUGGGGCAAGUCGACCACCCAAAACCAUCCUGCUGUUUGGGCCUCGUGGCGUAGGGAAGACUCUGCUGAGCAGGUGUAUUUCUACCCAGCUGGGAUCCACCCUGCUGAAGCUCAGUGGGACAGCCUUGGUCUCCAAAUGGAAGGCUGAAGCCGAGAAGAUCCUACAGACGACAUUCUUUGUGUCCAACUGUCGGCAGCCUGCUAUUGUUCUCCUCACUGAUGUGGAAUCUCUCCUGGAGGACGCUGCUGUCCUGAAGUCCCAGCUCCUCUCCUACUUGGAUAACCUUGCUACCUCAGGCGAACAGAAUGUGGUUGUCAUAGCAACCACCACUAGGCCUGGCAACUUGGAUGAAGCCACCCAGAGAAGGUUCGCCAAGUGUUUCUACAUCUCCCCACCAGACAACAUUGCCAGGCGGCAGAUCCUGCACCACGCUUUAGCUCAGCAAAACUACUGCCUCAGUGAGAGGGAAAUGGCCUCCAUCGUACAACUCACCGAGAGCUACUCUGGCAGCGAGCUCCUUCAGCUUUGUCAGCAGGCCGGGGCAAACAAGCUUCAUAGCCUGCCAGGCCAGCUUCAACCCACCUCCUACAAGGAUUUUGAAAGCAUUUUCUGCAAGAUCCACCCCGCAGUCUCUCAGAAAGAGCUGGAAUUGUACGUGGAAUGGGAUAAAAUGUAUGGGUCUCGGCAUUAGUGGAGAGUUGCUUGUUUCUUCUUUUAGAUCAUCUUGGGUCUCUGAAUGGAAGCCAUUGGGAGCUUUGAGUCCUUGUUUGCUCUUAAAAGCGUUCUCACUCUUAGCGCUCCAGUCUCUGAGAGGUCGUGCUGCCCACCUGCCUAUGAAAACAGAGGAAGGGUGAGGAAGUCAUUCUCGUCUUUAAGAAAGUCACACCUUUUGGAUACAAGGACUUCCCUAGAUUGAUUUACAUACAUUUUUGUUUUCUAAAAAUGUCUGAAAGUUUGACUGUGUGGUGGU